UCCCACAACCAAAAUUUGCAAGGAAAGGUCCUCCGAGCUCUAAGAAUCUUUCAGUCAUGGCAAGGGCAAUGGAGGGCAGUUGUGGGUUGAAAUUAGGUUUCUUUGUAGUGGUGAUAAUUGGCGUUGUGGUGGUGGGAAUGAGCGGCAGAGUGGAGGGCGCAAUAUCGUGCUCAACGGUGGUGACUGAUGUAACUCCAUGCUUGUCUUACGUUACAGGGAGCGACGCUCAGCCCACGCAGGGAUGCUGUAGUGGUAUUAAGUCUCUCAAUGCCGCCGCCGCAACUACGGAUGAUAGGCGAUCUGCAUGCAAUUGCAUUAAGUCUGCUGCGUCGUCGUCCAACGCUGACUAUGAUAAGGUCGGCAAGAUGCCUGGUCUCUGUGGGGUGAAGCUUGGCUAUACCAUAACGCCCUCUCUUAACUGUAACACGAUUCCCUGAGUUCCGGACAUGGCGGGUUUGUUAUUGUCAAGUCUUGGGUUCCAGUAAAAUUAUGUUAUCUACGUUGGAAGUUUUAGGAAACUGAUAGCUUUUUCUUAAAGGAUGUUUGUGUGGAGUACCAUGGCUCUGCCAUGUCGAAAUAAAUAUGCAUAGCUUGAUAUGAAAAAGUUUCAUGAUGUUUGAUAGACUCGUUGUGAGUCUGAUUUCAGAUUGUGGAGAAUUUCUUGUUCUUUCUCCUAAAAUGGAAUUUAGGAUGCUGAAAAAAGAAACACUCAGUUAUUCAAGAUUCAUUGUUGGGUUCA